AUGUUUUUAUGUAAAAUUACGCAGUUACAGUGUAAUAUUACAGCUGUUACAAUGCGUAAUUUUAAGUUUAACGUUUUAUGUCAAAUUAUUUCUUUAUUGUGCGGGUGGUUUAGUGUGUGUGAAUGUUUAGAAGUUGAUAAUAUUGAUAAUUGGAUUUUUACGUCGGAUGCUGAGGAGAGGUUAAGUGAAAAGUGCCGGAAACAGUUUUUAGGUUAUAUUACACAACAUGGAGAUGAUCAAAAGAAUUUAAUAUCUAAACUUGAGCUGUUUUAUGAUUUGAAUCAACAUUUACCACUUACUGACUUAAGUGACUUUCCAAGUUUAGGCGAUUAUGGACGAUGUAAAUUUCUGUCAAAAACUUUUUCAUUGAAAUAUUCGACACUAUUGAUUUAUAUACAUGAAAUCGAUGAGUACCUAAACAAUAUUACACAUGGAACUUCUGUACUCUUUAAAAGGUAUUCAGGAGUAUGGACAGCAAGUGCAGUAAUUGGUGUUUGUGUCCCUAAACCAUGCACAAGUAAAGAUAUACUUGUUUUACAAGAUGGAUUCCAAAUAAUUGAUUUUUACAAACAUCAAAACAAACAUAACCAAACUUUGAACAUAGAUUGGGAUUAUACUGUGAUUGAUGUGACUAGUGAUAAAUUUGACACUCCAAAAUUUUCGCUUGUUAUAUGGAUAUUCAUAAUAUUUACUGGUUUCGUUUCGCUGAUUAACAUUACAUCGAUGUUUACCAAGCGAAUUUACUUGAAAAACAACUUUCUUGGCUGUUUUAAUUUGAAAGUGUUUUUGAUAAAGUUAUUGGAUAAAAGUACUGAACCAGCUAAGUUUCAAGUGCUGGAUGGAGUGAGGACUAUAUCAACAUUGUGGGUUUUAUACGCUAGUAUAUAUGAAUUAAAUUUGUAUUUUCCUAAUGUUAAUGUUUUUGAUGCUUUUGAAUGGCUUCAACGGCUUCCAGCCGCUUCAGUUUUCAUGGUAGUGAUGGUUUUAUAUCAAUUUCAAACUAUAAAUGGCUUUUUGAUGGGUUACAUGGAACCAACUUUCGGGACAAGUUUAAAACAACGUAUUUUUGGUGUUAUAUUACCAAUGUAUCCAUUGUUACUCAUCUUCCACACAAGUUUGAUUGAUUUGGGAAGUGGUCCCAUGUGGUUCACGACACGUAGAUAUCUAAAGAACACAUGCAGUCAAAAUGUGUGGACUAGUUAUGCUCUUAUACAAAAUUAUUACAAUCCUGAUUCAAUGUGCACAAUUCACACUUGGUACAUGUCUGUAGACUUCCAUCUUACUCUUGCAAGUCCAAUACUCUUCUUUUUGAUGAGAAAAAGUUUUAAAAUGGCGGCAUAUUUUGUAUUUAUUUUAACUUUCUUAUUUUGUGUGAUGGCAACUAAUGUUGCUUAUAGUAUGAAAUUGGAACCAACACUACAAUCAUGGCUUACAGAUUACUUUAGUUAUAUAUACUUCCCAACACACAUUCGAAGUCCUGUGUGGUUAUGUUCACUUUUAGCAGGAUACGCUUACAAGAAGAAAAUAUUAAGUCAUUAUACUCCGCACCUUAACAAAUAUUACAAACAUGGUUGUAUUAUAACUUGUUUUUUGGUAUUAUUCACCACAAUGUUUACAAUGUAUGCGCCAUAUUUAAAUCUUCCACGGUUGGUUAAGGCACUUUAUAUUGGUUUUUAUAAUUUAAUAUGGUCUCUGAUGAUUUUGUGGAUUAUAUUUGUUUAUGUUGAAAGUCGUUCAGGCAGUGCUGGUGUGAUUCAAAGGUUUUUAUCAAUGCAUAUUUUCACUGUUUUGGGGAGGUUGUCUUAUGGUUUAUAUUUGAUUGCUCCUUUGGUUCAAUUAUUAAUCGCUGGGAGUAGGGACGGUGCAAUCAGUUUUGGCGUUUUAUCAAAUGUUAUGGAUUUUUGGUAUCAAUUAAUUUUCAAACUCCUUCUCUCACUAUAUUGGUAUUUGUUUAUCCAAUCACCCAUAAUAUCACUUGCAACAUUCUAUUUCCAAUCAGAAGCUACAACCAAAAAAUAAAUUUCUUUAAAAAAUA